GGUGACGUGGGUGGUUAAACUAGAAACCCGAUACAAGGUAUCCCGGAGGCCCAGAGAGUAAUUAGAACCAGGUUGUUUCGUGCUUGGACGAAUGUGACCCUUCCUGCGCUGCCGGCGAGUGCUCUCUUGGGAUUUUACUCUCCUUCCAUCCGACCAGUUUCUCCUUACGAUUGGGACCCAUGCAAAGAUGUUACAUCACGAAAUAUCAGAUGACCUCUACGAGGCAUGAGUUGGCAAACAUGUUGAAUAGUUGCCGGAAUAGGGGGGUCUGUUGGAGGAUAUAGUUGGUAAUCAAGCUUAGACGCAUGGCCUAGACAGUAAGAAGGGGAUUAUUGGCAACUUCUUACGAGUUCUUCAAGUGCAGGGGUCCCCCCUCUUCCAACGGAUAUUUGGAUCCUGCUCGCCCAGCUUUCGAGAAAGCAUAAGAACGCAAUCGUCACCCUCUAGCGAAGUUUCACAACAUGUUCUCUAAGAUUUUCGGCUGGGAUCAAAAACAACAAGCAGACAUGAGUCCCCUACCUGAGGAAUUCGAUAUUAUCGUUUGCGGUGGUGGGAGUUGUGGAUGUGUAGUGGCUGGUCGUCUGGCAAAUCUGGAUCAUAACCUUAAAGUCCUUCUAAUCGAGGCCGGAGAGAAUAACCUCAACAACCCAUGGAUCUUCAGGCCAGGGGUUUACCCCCGGAACAUGAAGCUAGACUCGAAAACGGCAUCCUUCUAUGAGUCUCGCCCAUCUAAGUGGCUCUCCGGCAGAAAAGCGGUAGUUCCGUGUGCCCACAUUUUAGGCGGAGGUUCCAGCAUCAACUUCUUGAUGUACACGCGCGCGUCAGCCAGUGACUACGAUGACUUCCAGGCCAAAGGGUGGACUACCAAGGAACUGCUUCCGCUUAUGAAGAAACACGAGACCUAUCAACGAGCUUGCCAUAACAAGGACCUCCACGGAUUCGAAGGGCCGAUCAAGGUUUCAUUCGGUAACUACACAUAUCCAGUAAAGGAGGACUUCCUUAGGGCAGCAGAAUCCCAAGGUAUCCCCGUCGUCGAUGAUUUACAAGACUUAAGUACCGCCCACGGCGCCGAACACUGGCUGAAGUGGAUUAAUCGCGACACCGGCCGACGUAGCGACAGUGCCCACGCAUAUGUUCAUUCGACUCGCGCCGUCCAUGACAAUCUCUAUCUAGCUUGCAAUACCAAAGUAGAUAAGAUUAUCAUCGAGAACGGUAGGGCCGUAGCUGUUCAAACAGUACCAACCAAGCCGCUUCACCCCAGUCAACUAAAGACUCGCACCUUCAGAGCCCGAAAACAGAUCGUUGUGUCCGGAGGCACGCUUUCUUCCCCGCUAAUCCUCCAACGAUCCGGCAUCGGCGAUCCCGAGAAGCUAAAGAAAGCUGGAGUUGAGCCUAUUGUCAAUUUGCCCGGUGUGGGCCUCAACUUCCAAGAUCACUAUCUGACUUUCUCCGUAUACCGUGCGAAACCCGAGACGGAAAGCUUCGAUGAUUUCGUUCGAGGUGUACCUGAAGUACAAAAAGCGGUAUUUGACGAAUGGGCGGCGAAAGGAACCGGGCCACUUGCUACCAACGGUAUUGAUGCUGGCGUAAAGAUUCGUCCAACGGAAGAGGAACUUAAAGAGUUCGAGUCUUGGCCCACGCCACAAUUUAACGAGGGCUGGAAGUCAUACUUCAAGAACAAGCCGGAUAAGCCAGUAAUGCACUAUUCCAUCAUCGCCGGCUGGUUUGGUGACCAUAUGCUACUCCCCCCGGGUAAAUUCUUUACCAUGUUUCACUUCCUCGAGUAUCCAUUCUCGCGAGGGUUUACCCAUAUCAAGUCUGCCGACCCCUACGAGGCUCCAGACUUUGACCCGGGCUUCAUGAACGACGAGCGCGACAUGGCACCGAUGGUAUGGGGUUAUAUUAAGAGCAGAGAGACGGCACGCCGCAUGGAAGCCUACGCUGGAGAGGUCCAGGCGAUGCACCCUUUCUUUGACUAUGAUUCUCCAGCUAAAGCCAACGAUAUGGAUCUCGAGACGACUCGACGCUACGCCCUGCCCGGUAAUCUAAGCGCCGGCUUGCAGCAUGGCAGCUGGAGUACUUAUAACCCCGAGCCGUCUAGAAGGCCAGAAGCCAAUAUCCUAAACAGCAACAAGGCGGACAUCCGAGACGAGCUCAAGUAUAGCAAGAGAGAUAUCGAAGCCAUUGAAGAGUGGGUUAGAAGGCACGUAGAAAGCACGUGGCAUUGCCUAGGUACCUGCUCUAUGGCCCCGAAGGAGGGUAACAGCAUCGUCAAGCACGGUGUUCUAGACGAGCGCUUGAACGUCCACGGUGUUCAGGGUCUCAAGGUGGCGGAUCUCAGUAUCUGCCCUGACAACGUUGGUUGCAACACAUAUUCUACCGCUCUUCUCAUUGGCGAGAAGGCAGCAACGCUAGUUGCCGAAGAUCUCGGAUACUCCGGCGAAGCGCUCGACAUGAAAGUCCCGACCUAUAACGCGCCGGGCGAGCUGGUACUUCCGUACCGCGUGUAAACGUACUCACUAUUAUGAUUUUUCUUCAUGUCGGAGUUUAUGUAAUGUCUGGGUAUGAUUAUGAACUUCGAACCAGAUUGACAGCUCUCGGUCAACUUCGGGACAAAUCUUCUGCUUCCAUAAUAUCAUGUUUUGAGUAGUAGUUAGUUAAUUGUAACAUACGUUGAAUAUGUCG